AUGCCCCCUGGCGCUGCCCGCGUCGACGACGUCGCACGCCGCCCCCCACCCACGCCUGCCGAUGACCCUUCACCCGCCAGCCACCUAGUGCCGUCCCCAUGCCCCAAGACCGUCGCCACCCAAGACGGGUCAUCCCCAGCCCCAAAGCACCCCUCUCGCACGCCCCUCCAUGGCCUUGCGGGCUCCUCUGCGAGCCGCCCUCUGCUGCCCAAGGUGGCGCCGCGGCCACAGAAGGGCACUGAGAGUGUCCGGAAGGAGCGGGGGGAGAUAUGGGAUUUCUCGAGGGAGAAGGCCGAGAGCGACCGACAGGAUCGCCUGGCGCGCGACACACAGGAGCGUCUGGCCCGCCACCACCCCAGCGGCCCUCACAAGCACCCGCCCGCAUCAAAGCACCACUGGCAGCACAGAAAGGACCGCGACGACCCAUCCUACCACGGACACUAUGGGCUCAAAGAGCGGCCGCGCACCAAGGUGGUGGACACGAGGGGCCCAUUCGACGACUCCCAGGGACGGGGCAAGGAGUGCGAGAGGGGGUCGCGUCGGACUCUGCAGCCGGCCGCAGGGACAGUGGAGCCGCGGCGGCAGGCGCUACUCAGACAGCAACUGAGGGCCACUCAUGGCGAUGGUCAGUGAGGGAGGGAGUGGGCCGGGCAGAUGGCAUGCAGCUGCAUAUGUGGAUGUGAGUGUUGUGUGUGACAGGCAAUGUAGAGGAUCGUACUCGUCUUAGCCGAUCAGCAGAUGUGUUGCCGGGCGACCCCGUCUCAACACAGACGGGCGCCAAACUCAACGUCGCAGGUAGGUGGCUAUUGAUUGGGGUGCGGAUGCAGCUGCCCUCUCUCUCAUCUCUCCCCCUCUGUGUGUGUUGCAGGUGUGUCUAGUCGUCCAUCCAAGCAGAGCGCUGCUACGACGCGCCAAGAGGAGCUGGCUGGGAGAGAAUCGGCGCGCACCCGAAAGGAGAAAACCACUCUGACUAGGUGAGAGAGAGAUCGCUACUGCGGCGCGCUCUCAUGUGAGUCGAUCACAUUCCUGGCCUCUCUGCCCUGCCUUUGUGUUGCAGGUCGGGCAGUAGCGGAUCUUCAGCAGCCAAAGCCACCCACACAUCCAAGCGCGCAGCAGGGCUCACCACCAGCCACCGCAAGAAUGGCGCGGCGUCGGCAGAGCCGGCUACCAUCAGCACUGGUGGUGAUGUGCGUGCCAUAGCGCAAGCAACCCUGACUUGUGCGGCCGGAAUCUACCGCGGCUAUAUGGAGGAGGUGCGCGCUGCCGCUCAGGAUCGAUCCGAGCCGUUCCCUCCGUCGCGCCAGCCUGGCGUCAACCGCCCCCCCUUGUCGCAUCCCCUACCCGACCACGACAACGACAGUGACGACGGGAGCAGUCAGGAGGGCGAGGGCCACAGUGAGGAGGACCGCCCCGUGAGCGUGGUGCUGGCCGACUGGCCCGCCGCCUCGGCGAGGCGGAUCGCACGGUGGGCCAGGGGCGAUCCACUUGUCACUCACUGCCGCCAGCCGAAUACCGAGAGUGUUCGCCGCCUCGUUCGUCCGCCAAGGCCCCAGAGACAUCCCCUCCCAAGGCCAGCAAUAGCAAGGGCGGCUUCAGCUUGGUCGGCAUUCCCUUUUCCCCCUCUCAGCGGCCGCCCACGCCCACCGAGGCGCCAGUGGAUGCGUCGCUGUGCCUCUCCCCCUCACCGUCAGCCAAUUUGCCCCCACCAGUAUCGCCCAUCUCACCGUCAUCGCCCAUCAGGUCGCCGUCUCGCGGCCCCUUCGGCAAUCGGCUGUUCUUCCGUCGCCCUUCCUCUCCCGGCCGCUCACCCACAAAUCAGCAGCGUAAGGAGG